ACUCAUCCAUCCAGGGUGACGCCAGUCCCUCUCACCCCGCCCCGUUCAACUCAGUCCACUGCGUUCAUUUCAUUCCUGCUCCCAUUCCGCGCAUAUUUCGCAUCCUUGGAGAGACGCUGCGCAUUUUACGCACUCAGCGCGCCCGAUCCUUCAUCAAACCAAAACCGUGAGGAGACUCUGGAGUCGGCGGAGUGCUUCCCGAUGCUGUGGCGACUCCGAUCCGUGGAAAAGUGUGGGAAUUAAUCCAUAAAGAGGCGUAUGAAUCGAGGGUUCCUGCUGUCUGACGCUGGAUUUGGAGCAGCCUGCCGAGUUGUCUGCAGUCUACCAGCCACUUUUAGUUUUAUUAUUGGUGGUUAGAUUUUGGGAUUACCUUUGUUGAAGCAGCAGCUAGCAUUAGCAUUCAGUUUCUAGUUUCCUCAGCUGGCUGUCCCCGCUGGGAGUUAAUUAUUGCCAUUAGUAUUAGUCAGCUAGAGUUUCACUUUAGCUUUUCAUCACGUUACUUACUUAGUGUCAAACCAUUAGCGUUAGUGUUGGGUAUACGUCGGCUGGUUAGCUGCCAGUAUGGAACGCAGUAGCUGGAGCGGCAGUGAGAGUCCAGGGGACGAUAUGGAAAGACUGAGUGACUCAGGAGGGGACAAGACCAUGGAUGGGGACCCCGAGGGGGUCUGGAGCCCCGACAUCGAGCAGAGCUUCCAAGAGGCCCUGGCCAUCUACCCGCCCUGUGGAAGGAGGAAGAUUAUCCUGUCAGAUGAAGGAAAGAUGUACGGUCGAAAUGAGCUGAUAGCCAGAUACAUCAAGCUCCGAACAGGCAAGACGCGGACAAGGAAACAGGUAUCCAGUCAUAUCCAGGUUUUAGCCAGGAGAAAAUCCAGGGAGUUUCAAUCCAAACUAAAGGACCAGAAUGCCAAGGAGAAGGCUCUGCAGAGCAUCUCCACCAUGUCUUCGGCUCAGAUUGUCUCAGCUACUGCCAUACACAGCAAGCUCCUGCCUGGAAUAGUACGGGCCAGCUUCCCCAGCAACGCACAGCUGUGGCAGGGGAUGAUUCCUGGAGGACAGUCUAGCUCCACCACAGAAGAUAUCAAGCCGUUCUCUCAGCAAGCCUACUCUGUGCAGACAGCAGGGACCACCACAAUCUCAGGCUACGAGCCUCCCACUGCAGCCCAAACACACAGAGAGCCAGCGUGGCAGGGUCGCUCCAUUGGCACCACCAAACUACGACUGGUAGAGUUUUCAUCUUUCCUGGAGACACAGAGGGACCAGGAGGCAUACAACAAGCACCUGUUUGUGAACAUCAGCCAGAGCAGCCCGAGCUACAGCGACCCCCUGCUGGAGUGUGUGGACAUCAGGCAGAUCUAUGACAAGUUCCCAGAGAAGAAGGGCGGCCUCAAGGAGCUGUUCGGCAAGGGCCCACAAAACGCUUUCUACCUGAUCAAGUUCUGGGCGGACCUGAGUUAUAAUGUGCAGGACGACCCAGCGGCUUUCUACGGUGUCACCAGCCAAUAUGAGAGCUCAGAGAACAUGACCAUCACCUGCUCCACUAAGGUCUGCUCCUUUGGCAAGCAGGUGGUCGAGAAGGUGGAGACGGAGUACGCAAGGUUUGAAAACGGGCGCUUCGUCUACAGAAUCAGUCGCUCUCCGAUGUGUGAAUACAUGAUCAACUUCAUCCACAAGCUCAAACACCUGCCGGAGAAAUACAUGAUGAACAGUGUGCUGGAGAACUUCACUAUUCUGCUGGUUGUGAGCAACAGAGACACUCAGGAGACCUUGCUGUGUAUGGCGUGUGUGUUUGAGGUGUCCAACAGUGAGCACGGAGCUCAGCACCACAUCUACCGACUCGUCAAGGAAUAGCACAUACACUUCUACAAACACACACACACAUGCACACAUAUGGCCUUUUGCUUGGUGAUUAAUGGUGACAUUGGAGGUAAAAUGUCUAAAAACUGAAUUCUACAAAAGUGUCUUUCAGCCAAACAACUCGACUCACUGCGGAAGAAAAUGGCUGCAUUUUCACUGCUGCUCACAAAACACCACGACAAUGAUUGGGUGAUUUUUAUUUAACGUCAGAUAUGAUGCAGAACCCUCCUCAACAGGAGCAUUUCCAAAUAUUAAAUCCAACCUGAAUAUCAGAUGUUCAUUAGUUGUAAAAAGCAAAGUGGUAGUGCAGCCAUAGAAACGCAUCAGAAUCAACCUGGGUGGUUUUUCCCGAGAACAUGGUGACUCUGAUAUCACCUGGAGAUGUCAUGUCUCCUGCUAAUUGGUUUCUCCCCCCCUUUCUCACAGUAAAUUUGUAUUUUGCAGUUCUGUUGAUGGAAAUGAAAGUGAUACUUCUGUCAUGUGCUUUUGGGAAAGUCAACCCAGGGUCGAAAAAAGAAAAUCACAAUUUUCGCCCCCCUGUGACAAAAGUGUGUGUGUUAUCUGCCAAGAUACUGACGGACACUGAAGGUCAGACCCUGUGUAUCAUCAAUAACCAGAGAAGGAAAUAACACUACUGCGUUAUCGUAUAGUACAGUAUACAGGUGGUUUUGUACAGAUAGCCACUGCAAAUUGUGUGAGCUGCAUUCUUGCACAAAAAAGAGGUUUGUUCCCAAAGAAAAGAAAUCAAAUUUUUACCUUUUUGUAUGUUUUCUUUAAAAAAAAAAUUAAUAGCUUCUAAACUUUGGGAAAUUGUUUAUUGAUAGUAGCAUAUAGACUAUAUUUUAAUUCCAGGAACACUAUCUAAAAAUGUAUGUUAAUAAGAGAGUAUAAGUGAAAUUGAGCAAUUCAGGUACCUUUUUGUGCAACAAGUGACUCUUCAUUAAGAUUGAAUAAAUAAAUGAAUAAGCAUGUUGAAGCUAUGAUCCUUAAGAUUUCAGUCCUGGCUGUUUUGGCUCUGGUCUAUGGAGCAGCUCCAGACGCUAUACUUGAUGACAUCACAAGUUUGAGUUUUAGCACCCUAGUUGUUCUAGGGUGCUAGUCCUAGUUUCUGGAUUUGGGAGAGAGUUUUUUUAUGUGAACUAAUAUUUUUUGACAGUCUUAAAUCAUGGGAAAUAACAAUUAUGAAUUCUGAGAUUGGGCAUAAUUCCCCUUUAAUACAGCUCUGAUACGACAUUAGAGGAGAUAAUACAGGGUAGUGAGGCUGAUGUCAAAGAGAGAAAAUUACAAACAGUAAAGCUGAAUUACACCUGUCCUGUAAGGCAAUUUGAAUCCAGUAUGGGUAUGGCGGACCCCGCCACCAACAACAAAAGCCUUCCACACUGAGAGGUAAUUAAAGAAUAUAUGGAGUGGCUAUUGCUGAAAAAACAGGGUUUGAUUUUUUGGAAAAUCUUAAGGAUUAUAGCUUUAAAUAUCAAACAUAUUUAGGUCAGUCCUUUAGGAAGCACUGUGAAUCCUAAAAACUAUACAACGUCAUUCAUGGUGUGCAUACAAGGAAGGAAACAUUUCAAAGAGUUAAAACAAACCUAUGUUUUUCUGAUCAGGUUUCACUUUGCAAAUUAAACUUAGCUUAGUUCGAUAUUCCUGCACCAGCUAACUUGAGCUUUAACAUUUCCAUAUUGACCGAUGUGUUGAAGCCUGAAAUGUUAUUAUGUCCAUAUUUUAAUUGAAGAUUGCCCUGACCAGAAGCCAUGGCACCUGUGUUAUUAUUUUGAGAAAAGUGUUUGAAGACUCAGUUUCUUUUAAUCAGUCCAGGACUUGUUUCUUCCAGUUAGAUGAUAUUAUGUCAGAAUUAAAGUCAUUUAUUAAUUAAAAACCAAAAAACUGUUGAUGAAGUGUACUGUAGCAGGUCAUGAUUGCUGGUUCGUCUGUGUCAUGCUCGGCAGCAUGAAGUGCCUUUGGUUGUGAUCAGCAGUAGACAUUUCUAAUCUGUUUGACGAAAGUCCUGAUAAUUUGGUGUUGUAAAUGGUGUAUAGAAAGGUAUUUUAGUGAAUAUAAAUGCAUAAUUAGGCAUCACGUGCUCCAGUUUAAGUGUCUGAGGGCUAAUUAUCCAAAUUCCAUAUUUAAUGGCUGUUUCUUGUUGUAAUUUGUAAACAGUUGGCCGUGAACCAUCCUUAGCUGUUCUUAUUUCCCACAGAAUGUUAAUGAGACACAUUCUUGUUCACUUCAUUUUAUGGCAGCGUUUACAUGUAUUUGUGAAUUACAUGCACACUAGGUAUUGUUUGGUAACUCAUUUAUAAAAUACAACUCAGACUUGUUACUACUACGGAAGACCAGUUUGCAAAUCUUCACAUCCCCACUGUAAAUCAAUUGAAACAGAUCAGGAACUUCAUGACAGAAACUUCUGUAGUCUGAAAUCCUGUCUUAUCUCAGUUUAGAUUGACAUUUAGGAUUUUUGGUACACAUGCCGUGUCUUUAACUGCCUGGAAAUGGCGAGGAUUGGCGCUGGGCGCUACUCUUGUGCCUACUCUGUGCCAGCUUUCAGGAGUGUGGCAGCAGAUUGCAUCUGAGGUUGCUAGGCAACCUUAACAAGCACCAUAUCAUAGCCUAUUUACCUGAUGCCCUGAGAGCAGAGCUGAGCUUCUUCCAGGUGUUGUUUGUGUGUAGGCCUGCUGCUAUGGGAGAGAUGUGAAGCUCUGGCAGCCCUGCACUAAAAUGAUCAGCUUCUUCUCCAUAUUAACAUUAAAAACAAUGAAUAAAAACGCGACAUGUGUAUGGCCCUUUAUACCCUUUCUUAAAAUCAAGAUAACUGCCAAGAAUGGCAGCAGUACUGUUGGUAGGUCUGUAUGCUAAUGACAGUGACGAUGGAAAGGAACAUGAAGACCGAAAUGUAACGACUGAAAGGCUACUGAAACCUUACAUGUUAAAUUCCGUUUUAAUAAAUAACUAUUUUAAAUAAUUGAGAAGAAAACUUCCCAAAAGUUCCUUAUAGCUAAAAUUGAAUGCCUAUAUUUAUUUGUCCGCGAUUACAAGCCAGCUAGCCAGUGGCAAAUGAGAGCCAUUGAUGUUAUGGUUUGUCCAUCUCAAGUAGCCUUACUAAUCAAAGAUACAGGCAUGACUGGACAAGUGUUCACUGAAUAAUUGAAUUUACAGUUAUAGUUAGGAUUUCUUAAGUAAAGAUAAAACAGGAGGUCUGAGAUAAGAUAGGACACAGCUAUGAGUAUAGGAAUUGCUUCUGUAGUAGGGAAAUAGUAUUUUUCCUAUCUUUGAAACUAAACGCAGUUUGCAUAUUUUUCUGUUAUGAGGUCCCAGAAGAACAUAUUAAAGAACAGUGAUCAGCAUGCUGUAUUCAACAAUGAACUUUCCUGUGUGACCAGCUGGGAUGCUAUGUGGUGUCCAGAAUACCCAGUAAUCUGCGGAGAAAACCUUACAAAUUUAGUUUGUGUCUAGGGCAACUUUUACGAUUUUACCAGAACUGAAAUGAGCCAUCUUUAGUCACAGCUAAAUAUUUGGUCUUGAAGAUGACUCAGAUCUGACUGGUGUAGAACGACCAUCAGUCUUCCUUCUCUGUGCUGAAAGGUUUAACAUUUGCCAUUGUCCACAAGCACUAUAUUUUGACUCUAUUUGUCUAAGGACUCCUGUGGGUGUCUCUCAGGGUUACAGCCACCUGUCCACAACAAAAUGCAGUCCUUUCAACACACUGGUGGUGAAUCAUUCUGUCAGGAAACCCCCUUUCAGAAUUCCCCUGCCUUUAACUUUCCCAGAGCUCUAUCUCACACUACAGUGGUUUGUUGUUUGCGGGCAGACUACUAGACCUUCACAGCAGAGUACUAACAUGUAACAUGUACAUGGUAACCUAACACACAGCUUCAGACGAGCUGAUUUUGCAAUAACGACCCUUUGUCUGGACAUUAUCUACCACCUGCUUACCAAAGACAGUCAUCACGUGACACAGAGGGAAAUGGAUUUCUUACAAGCUAGAGUAACUGACAAGCUUCUGCCAAAAACGUAGUCUGAGGGAAAAUGACUAUCAGCCUCCACACAUCAGUAGCUCAUGGGCUACACUGUAACACUGUACAGAUGUAAGUAAAAAAUAAAAUGAAAUGAAAAGGACUGGAAAUAGAACUGUUUGAACCAGGUUUAGAAAAGUGUGCAUUUAACAUGUUUUCGUCUUUAAAAUUUGACCUUAUUAAAUAUGGACACCUCUAUCAUCUUGGUUGGCAGACUGUAUGACAAGGCCACAGGAAACUGAUUUAUUAAAAUGCCCCAAAUGUGUUAAAAUUCACAACUGUAGGGCUUUACUGGUGAACGCCUGCCUGUUAUAACCAGCUGGAGAAUGUGCUCACACUAAUAAAGCCACACAAAAAGCAGUGUAUCUAUGCUGCCUAAAGGUUAUUCAGAAGGUUUCAAAGGUCAGUAAACUGCUGAGUUUCUGAGUUUCAUUGUCGUCUGUGUUGUUAAUGUCGUCUCGUACGUGCAAGUUUAAAUUUAUGUUAUCUUCUUUUCCGAACCACACGUGGCUCAGAAAUCCUGUCUGUAAUCAGUUCCAAAAUGGCCUUGAAUCUUUUCACUCCGGCGCACGUGCAGCACAUCUGUACGUGCACUGAGGGGUUUUUGAUAAGGUGCUUUAUAUAAAGGUGACAAUAACGUUUAUUACAGAUGUUGUGUAUAUCUUUGAUAUUCUAAUGUUUAUCCUAUUUUGCGAAGAAGAGAGUACAUUUAGGAAAAAUCCAAAAGCUAGUCAUGUGUGUCUAUUGGUACUGCACAGGGUCUGAUCUUUGCUUUGUAACUUUUUUCCCCCUCAUGGCUAAAAGUAUGUUAGAUAUUUUCUAGCUUUGUAGAGACUUUGUACGCAUAUGCUAUUCAGUUUAAAUAAAUGGUCAGUUCCAAACUGU